AUGACUGAUUUUUUUAAGCAAACGUAUGUUAAGCACUUUAUUUGGACAUAGGCAUAGGCUUUAGUUUCUUUUAUAUUUAUUACUUACUUGCUUAUUUCUGGAACUAGUGUUGCUUGGCAAAUAUAUCACUGGAUUGCUGUUUUAUUUUUUUAUAUGUUUAUUCAAUAUGUUUUAAUUUGGCAUCCUGAAACUGACAUGACUCGUACUUUAAAUGCCUGUAACUGCAUAAUUUUAAUGAUUUGCUUGCCUACCUUUUUGUAUUUUUAUUUUGCUAUUUUAUUACCUGCUGCUGAAACAACCGAUUUAGAGUUUAUUUAGGUAGAAAAAUGUGUAGUUUCUGGUAUUACAAAGACAAGUUUAGAUGGUAAUGAAGCAUAUUCUCUUACUUACAUCAAUUUUGUUUAAAAUGGCGUUUCAUACCUUGGAUCAGGAUGUUUGACUAAUUAGUAUUAAGCAAAUUCACUUAAUCCAAUUCCUCCUUAUAAAAUUUUAAAAAUGAAUGACACAUUUGAAUGUGGCCCAGGAAUUGUAGAUUAUCCUAAAGGAAACCCAUUUAAUAACACUAAUGUAACUGAUAUUUCUCAUAGAUUUAGAGUUUUAAGAGCAGGAGGAAGUGGUGGUGGUCAUGGAGGAGGAGGGGGAGGCCAUAGUGGGAGCAGUCAUACAAGUAGUCGCUCUUCUUCAACUAGAGAAAAAUAUAUAGAUACUAGACCAUCAAACAGAAUCCACUCAUAUGACCCAGUCUAUGGUAACAGAUAUCAUCCGUAUCCGUAUUAUAGCACGAAUACCUAUUCAACAUGUAAGUAGUAAUAUACGUUUAGCCAAGUAAAAUUGCCUACUUGGUUGUGUUCGAAUGAAAAUAGUAAUUUCAAAGAUUUAAUAACUCCAAAGACUUGUUGGGUCCAUUAUUACAAUGUGUAAACAGGAUAUGCUCAAUAAAACUCGAAAAGUAGAUUAAAUUAGAGAGAGUUAAAGGAAUUAUCUUUCGUGACUUUUGAAUACCCAAUUUACUAUCCAAAAAGAAGCUUUAGUUUUAUAAUAGUGUUUGUAUAUUAUCCUUUAAUUUUAGCACUGAAUAGUAUAUUCUAAUAUACUGCAAAUGCAAUCGUCUUAGGGCUUUAUAAUGAAGAUAAUUAAGCAGAAACAGAUUAAUUGAAUGAUUUAAAAUAAUUUGAAAGUUAUUCAAAAAAUAGUGUGGAAAUGCCUUUGUUUAACUAAGAAUAAGCAUAAAUUAGACCUCAAAUGUGA